AUGAGCAACUCCACGAACAUUUCCUUGGACUGCUCCGAGAUAGUGGACGCGAUACAUCCUGAUAACAGCAACAACGACCAGCUUCCCAUAGAGGUUCUCCGGGCUAAGAUAGACUGCCAGGUUGAUGCAUUUACACGCAGUCUACUCCCUUUCAUUGGCUUAGUGCAGGGUCUUCUUAACUACGGUACAACUAUCAUCGUGUGUUUAGGGCUCUUCUUCAACACAGUAUCGUUCAUCGUUUUGACCAGAAAGAAGAUGCGUCGAUCGUCAGCCAAUAUGUUCCUCUCCAUUCUGGCCGUGUACGAUACCUUGUCGCUGACCUUGAACUUCAUGAUCGGGGUGAUACGCGGACAGAAUUUGUCGGCGAACCAGAGUUUCAUGGACAAUCAGUCUUUGUGUAAGCUUCACGGCGUGUUUGUGGUUGUCUUUAAUUUGUUGUCUGUGUGGACCAUCGUAACCUUCACCAUCGUUCGCUUCCUCAUCGUCAAAUUCCCUCUCAAAGCUAAGAACUUCACUCAGAUGAGAACACUAAUCAUUAUCGUUUCCACAUCUUUGGUCGUCGUUGUUUUCUCCUGCCACAAAAUCUUUAUCACCGGCUUUGAAGGGGACUCAGUGUUUGGGUACAAAGGUUGUCAGACGGAUCGCGCUAGGAUACCAGACAUUGGCAAGUUUUACGUGGCUUUCAACACCUGGCUGCCCACUGUCCUGGUUGUGAUCUUCAACCUAGCCAUCGUCCGAGAGAUAAAAAUCCAUACGGCGAGAAGGCAAACCAUGACCACAUCCACGUCGCGCUCAGACGAGAAGGCAACACGGCUUUUACUAACGGUAUCCUUUGCUUAUCUUGUCCUUGUAAGCCCCCUGGGAAUUAUCCAGACGAUCGAAUUGUUCUGGAAUGAAAAUGUCCAAGCCACGCCUUUGACCAGCCCGCACUACGCUGAUAAUAUGAUCGUCAAAAUAAAUCUCAAGUGGAUCCGAGCAUUUUGCUUCUUUUUCUACCAGAUCAACUUCGCCAUCAAUUUUUUUCUCUAUGCCUUUUCCUCUUCUGGUACGAUGUUUCAGAACACACUUCGGCAGCUGAUGGGUUUCAAAAAGAAGGAAACAUCGGACAUCACUCAACGCACCGUGACGACAACGGUAUCGUCUAAUGCGGUCAUGCCUCUGCCACAACCAGAAGCGGAAGAGCGUAAUGCGACAGAGGGCCAGUAA